ACGAAUUUGGCUCGAUUGUGGACGAGAUCGGGGAAGAAGAGUGCCUCCACGGCAUCGGCACUUUGGACUUGGCUAUGAGUCCACGAGAGAAGCAUCAUACGGAGGAACUUGCUGAUCAUGAAUCGGAAUUGGCAAGGUCCAGAUCUCUCCAUCGCUCGGCAGUCUGCCAAAGCUUGUAAUUGCGCUUCUGAUGCCCGAGCACGUCGAGAUGGUUAGUCGGUCACAGGAGUCAGGAGGAUCGCCCGACGAGCUCGGUGGUUACAGGCUCAGAUGAAAAGCAUGACUCGAGGAAAAUCGGGAGUUGGUUUGGGUCGAAUCGAACACGAAUUUGGCCGGACCGAUGAAGCGAAGCCGAAGCCGAGGCCGUGCUCCGAGCCCAUGAAUAAGAUGGAGAAGGUGGGUGAGUUGUGCAGAAGCCCAAUGCGCCCUUGUGUCGGAGAGCGAGUGGCCUGAGAUUGUGAAUCCUGUCAUCCGUGCAGCGAUUGGCUUGCAGUUUGUCGUGCAGUUUGAUCUGCUCCCCUCCAUGUUCAGAGUCCAAAGCUUGCUCCUCAGGACUCCCCGAUGGAUGAGCCAGAGACUCUCGGACCGGUGUCGGGAUGUGGAGUCUCAGCUGCAGAAUUCUAGCUCGAGUGUCCGCCCUAAAUUUUGCCAGGCCUCCAAGGCAUCGCCGAAGGCGCACUCGGCUGGAUUCGCGGCUCAAGGAUUGCUGAAUGUGCGUGAAAGCAUUCGACGAUUGCAGGCGUCUGGUGGGCGAGGUUCUCACUCCUUCAAUAGCGCAAUGGAGGCCUCCAGUGCUGUACCUUCUGAGCUCGCGAAAGGGUUGUGGGAGAUGAGUCAAAAGGAAGCUUACUGUGCGCUCUACCAUCCGUUUGUUGUCUCCUUGGCCGCGGGCUCAUUGCCUCUGGAGUCAUUCGGGAACUACAUCGCUCAAGAUGUUUAUUAUCUAGCAGCUUUCGCGGAGGCUUACGGCUUGGCAAUCGACAACACGGACCAGCCAGAAGCCAAAGAUGUCCUUGGACGACUCCAGCGCCAUGUCCAGGAAGAGCUCGAUCAAGUCCAUAUCUCCGCAUUGCAGAGUUUCGGACUGGAGUUACCAGAUUCAGUUUUGCCGAAUGCUGCUACUGCAGAUUACACGAAUUUUCUGCUCGCUGUCGCUAAGGGAGAAUUUAAGGUUCCAGAGGGUCCUCGAGGAGGAGGCGAUGAUGGACUGGAGGGCAGCGAGAGCGAGUCGAAGAGGAAAAGAAAGCUGGCAGCGUACACAAUCGGGGCCUUGACUCCUUGCAUGCGUUUGUAUGCUUUUUUGGGACAAGAAAUAAUGAGGGCAUCCUCCUCUGGGCUUGGCUCGAACCCAUAUGCAAAGUGGGUUGAAACCUACGCAUCUGCUGAUUUCGAAAAUGCCAGUCGAGAAAGUGAGGAGCUACUGCAAAGUUUGGCCUCGCCCUUUUCCGGAGAGACGGAUCGGAAGAAUAUGAGAAGCCUAUAUGCCCGGGCCAUGGAGCUGGAAGUCGAUUUCUUUGCUGCACAACCUGUUUCCAGCAAGUCGAUUGUGCCACUGAUCAGAUCGGCCAGAGCUGCCAACACUUACUUUGUCCUUGUAUCUGACUUCGAUCUAACCUGCACAGUUGAGGAUUCCUGCCCAGUGCUGGCGCGAUCAGUGUUAUCUGCUGGUGACAAAGCAGAGGUGCCGCACCUGGAGGCUAAGUGGCAAGCUCUGGGAGACCAAUACUCGCUGGAACACAAGGAGCUGUUGGGUCUCCUGCUGCCUCCUCCUCAGCAACCGUCGAAGGAGUUCAAUCUGCAAGGCCUUCGUCAGGUUUUGCAUGAGUUGUCGGACUUCGAGCGCGAAGCCAAUGCCAGGGUUGUCGGGUCGGACUUUCUGGCAGGCCUGAGCAGGGAAGCAGUGAAACAAGCAGGCAGCAGAGUAGCCAUGCGUGAGGGGUGUAGACACCUAUUGACAAGGGUGGCCCUGGAGGGCAGGAGUCUGCGGCAGAAUUUGGAGUUCCACAUUCUGUCUGUCUGCUGGAGCCGAUCAUUCAUCGAAGGCACUUUAUCCAGUAACGCUCUGGAGUUUGCAAACAUCCAUUGUAACGAGCUGCAGUUUGAUGACCUGCAUGUCAGCGAUGGUAACAUCGACAGGAGGAUAGAAUCGGCUGUGGACAAGGAAAAGGUACUGGAGAAGAUUCUGAGUCAAGCUGAGCAAAACGCUAACCAGAAUCGAGACUCUCUUCUCAUUUACGUCGGAGACAGUGUGACGGAUCUCCUCUGUUUGCUGCGGGCAGACGUGGGGAUUGUCAUAGGUGAGAGCUCGAGCCUCGAAAGGAUGGCCGCAGCAUUUGGAAUUAAAAUGCUCCCUUUGUACACUGGUCUCCUGGAGAGGGAACAAAAAUCGAAUCAUGGUGACGGUGAGAACUCGAGGAGCUUCUGGCCGAAGAUGGACGGUGUCUUGUAUCGAGUUUCCUGUUGGAAUGAGUUGAAUGCCUUUUUGCUGGGCAGCUGAGGCCUCAUUACGGUGCGUAAUUCAUCGCACUUUCCUUGCAGCUAUCAGACCAGGGCUGCUCGGUAACCAGUUUCCUGCGUUGCCUACGCUUGAUCAUCCUCCUUCCUACAGGUUUAUCCCGACGUGCUGGAAAGAGAUGGAAUCGAAGCGCGAUAACCUCAGGCAAAGAAGUCUGUCGUAGAGUGCAGAGAGUUUGUUCCAGAUAUGGCAAAUAAAAGAAAACAAAAUUUCAGAUCUCAUCCCUGUUUCUGUCAAUAUCCUUGUGGCUGGCUUUGCUGCCCAAAAGCUUACCAAGUCACGUUGAGAAUCAGCCGAUUCGGUGGUUAAUAAGGAUGAAACUUCCACAUUCGUGACACGAGACUGUCUCGCAGCCGAGUUGCGUUGCCACCUUGAUAUUAGUAGACUCUCCUCGAGAUGAAAAGAUCUCAAGGUGUAUUUCCUGCAGCAUGAACUGUACUGGUAGAAAGGCGUCACUCAGAACAUUGAACGAGUUCAUGCUUAAACUGACCCUAUAGAGACUGAACCUGGAGGAUAUCCAGCGGGCAUAUAUUCAUCGUAUCGAACCCGUACAUACUUCGGUAUGCGGGCGACGACAAGGUUACAAAGCUCUCAGCUCAAAUGAAAUCGAAGAGUCCGAUGGCCAUUUUCAAUGAACAGGAAACAGUCCACUGAGAAGUUGUGGUUCACCUGAUUUUGCAAACUCUUGAUCUACUGUUCUUGGACUGGUUCAAUCUGCUUCG